AGUAAUGUUCGUUUCUAUCUACAGGGAUUGCCCUGUCGGCCAGAUAAUCUGACCAUUGAUGAACUCAUUCUGAAAUGGCGGGGACAGUAUAAUGUCCUCGAAGACCGCCACGGCUACAUACAGUGGCUCUUCCCAUUACGGCAACAAGGCGUCAAUCCAUAUGCAUCUGCUCUCUUACAGCAGGAAGUUGACAUACUCAGCACAUCACGAGAAGCGCAAUGCAGAAUGCUGAGUGCGCUGGAUAUGAUGCUAGACUUUUACGGUAUGCGGUGGCAAGACCAGAAGCUGCGACAGCUGGGUCGAACAAGCAGCUACAAGGUACGCUACUGCAAUCUCAUGAAUCACACGCACAACUUUCUUCGCAUCUCGCGCAUCCUGCAGUCUCUGUGUCUCUUCGGGCUGAGCAGCUACACGACACCCAUCGUGCUGUACCUGUUGAGUGAAGUGUGUGCCAAGGAACUGGGGAGUCCCGGACUGUUUCGCAGCUUGAAGACUUUUUGGAUCGAGUGCCUG